CACAAUCAAUUGCUCAACAUUCUGUCAUGACACUCUCCUUUCCCUAUGUUGACUAGAUACAUCACAAUGACCAAGUAUAUAACGAUGGCGACUUACUAUUGUCCAGCCCGAACAAGUUUGUCGACAAUUAUGAUGUUCACAGUGAGAGGAGGUGUUUUGCAACAUCUACACAACGCCAAACCCUCGAUCCCGGAAACAUGACAUGUUCAACCGACUCCAUCACAUUUCAUUCAUCAUGAUCGUUAAUAGUAACACCAAAUCCAACUUCGAGCAAGACUGCGAGACUAUCAAGAGGCUGACAUGUCAGCGAGAUGAUGUCGAUGAGGUGUAAUGUGGACUAUGAACAGGGAGUAUCAUACCUGAGGUACAUCACCGACGAAGCAUACGAUCAGAGACGAGCAGCUCCUUGUUCGACCUUGUUGAUCAAGCAUGUACAUCCCUUGGAGAUGGACAACAUGUUCUUGUCGGGACGAUUGAAGAUGGCCGAUUGCUCGGCAGGACCUUCAUCAAGGAACCUCUCCAUGGUACCACCACCACCGACACGAGAAGGCUGUCGAGGCAAGGACAGGUCAAGGAGACGACCAUGGUAUGAGCAGGAGCGAGGACCGGUAGAGGACUCUGCGUGGUCUCGAACGGAAGGUUGACCACUCUGGUGCUUGGCCUGCGAACAUUGUUAGCAUCUUUACUGGCAUUGAAGGGUAAUGAUACUCUCGAGUACCGAUGACUGAAUGCCCGCGCCUCCAACGGAAGAUGUCUUUGCUGGAAUGGUAGUCAUGAUGUAUGAGGACAAGGUUGUUUUGGUACAGCAGUCUCUUGGCGAGGCGAAGUACAAUGAUGCACACUGUUUGUGGUUGUCCUACCUACGAUAGUGAGAUGAGAC